AUUCCAAAUUCCGGGCAAAGAGAGCUGGAGGCUGGGAAAAUCCUUUUAGUGCAAACUCCAGAUAACAAAGAAGAGACUAUCCAUCAAGGACCCACCACGGAGUCAAUCAGGCCUGAAGAUGUUGGACAGGAUUGCCCCGGCCUUUCAGGACCUGUGCAGGCAGGUGCUGCCCACACUGCCUUCCCUGAGCCAGGAGGAAGUCUCUACCAUCUGGGGGAAUGUUUCAGAAUUUGUGGAAAAGCAGCUAACUAUGCAUAAGGGAGUUCAGAUUUCAGGACUUGGAACUUUCACCUUCACGAGGCAGAAGCUUGAAGUGGGAAACAACAAGUUUAUUCUAGUGCAGAGGCCAGUGUUUAUCGUGGCAGAGAAGUUAGUGCAGACCCACGGACUCAAACAGAACAAAGUAUUUUCUCCUGGUGAUAUUCCGGUUGUCCCACUUAAUUUUGUCAUGAUAUCUCUGGAGGGUCCAUUUAACAGGGACACAAUAGAAGGAUGUGUUAAGGAGACAUUGCUUUUCUUGUCACGAUCCAUAUCUGUCAAACAAAAUGUGGAGUUCACAUUCAAAGGAAUUGGGGUCCUUUCCAUCAGAGACGGCAAAGUGAAGAUGAGAUUUUAUAAGGACUUCCUUUGUACGAUGGACGGAAGUGGCACCUUGACCAAAGCCCUUGCAAAUAGGCCUGGCACCAUGGAUUCAGUGCUGUCUAGCAGAGAGGGCUUUGGAAAGCGUCCCAACAGUGCACUGGCCUUUCCAAGGAUUGAACACAAAGAGACAGAGAACAAACCCAUGGAGAUCAUUGUAGAGGAAGGUGGAGAGAACAGACCAAGGAAGAUCAAGUUGAAAGAUCCAUCAGACAAAGAAGAAGGAGCCAGGGAGAUCUCGUCACCCAAGAAACAUCGUGAUAGGCAAUCUAUCUCUCCUGCCAAAGUGACAAGCGUCAGCCUGUUGGACAAGUUUGAGCGAAGUGUAAAUGGUGGGAAGAUCAUGACCUCUGAAAACUUAUCACCUCCAGGUUGUCAGAGAAAUGACAAUGAGAAGCUCAGAACAUCUCUUGCCUCAGCUUGCCAGGAUCAUAAUAAGGCAGGACAGGAAAUGUGCUAUGUGUGUUUGCAACGAGCACAACGGAACUUCCCAUUGUAUUAUGGAGAUGAGAGGAGGAGGAGAGAGAUGGAGGACGAGCGACUCAUGCAGCAGUACCAAAUUCUCAAAGACCAGGAGGCUUUCUUCAAAAACCAGGUAAAAAGUAUGGCUGCAAGAGAGCAGAAUCAGAAAAAUGCUGCCUAUAAUCUUGGGGUUGCCGAAGCUAUAAGGAACCACAAGAAUGAGAAACCUGAAUUUUAUAAAUCUUUCCUGUUUGAUAAACGACCACUUAGCCCUGAGAUCAAUGCUUUUAAGCAAGAGGAAUAUUCUCAGAGUCUCCUGAAACAAAUGGAAAGCAAACGGGAGAAGGAAAUAAAGCAAAGACAAAACAGAGAGUUGAUGGAUCGCUUGGAACAAGUGCAGCUCACAGAGGAACUCGCUGCACAAAGAGCCCAAUACCUAAAAGAGAAGAUGGAAGAAACACAGUACUACAAGAGAGCUUUGGAUGCACAGGUAAAGAACAAACCCUCCCAGUUGCCCAUGUUUGAGCCUGAUUCUGCUGAGCCCAUCUUUGGUAAGAAUGAGGGUGAAAUGGAGGCGGAAAAGCGAAAGCGAGAACAGAGUUGCAUGAAGCACCAGAUGGAGGCAGCUGCCAACCUCAAGAGGAACGCCAUCCUGAACCAGCUGGUGGACCAGCGGCGAGAUCUGCAGAUGCUUCAGAGGACACAUAGAGAGCACUUGGCAGACAGAGCUUCUGAACUGGAUCGGGUGAACAGAAUCAACCAGUGCUUGCAGGAGGACUGGGACAGGAGCCUUUCAAUGAAGAGGCAGCGGGACCUGGAGGAGAAAGCCUUUGAGCGGGCUUCUGACAAGCUGUUCCUCUUGGACCAGUGUGAGAAGUACCGUCGCUGCAGGCAGUGCCAGAGGCGCACCUCCAACGUGGGCGAGAGCAACGUGUGGCCCCUGAAUAAGUUCCUUCAGGGGUCACGACUACUAGUGUAGAACUCAAAGUUUGAACCUAUAUUUUCUGAGGAACGUUCAUUUGGAGUGGUUUAGAGUAUGUAUAGUUGUACCUCUGAGGAAAAAAAUUGAGUGCUUUCAAACCUUUCUUGAAUUCAUGUGGACUAAUUAUUUCCUUCCUGCUCC